AUGGGAUUUGUGACUCUAAUCUUCUUGUGGAUCAUCGCGUUUGUAGCUGCUGUUAACUGCCAAGGAGGAGGCGGUGGUGGAGGUGGAAGUGGAGGCAUCUUUGGUGUUUUCGCCAUCGUUCUAGUUCUGCCUAUAUACUGUUGUUAUCAAUGUUGUGCAGGUAAACCAAGACGAUCUAAUACAAAAUUUGUUAAUAAAACAACGACAAACGAUGAAGAAAAACAAAUACUUGACAUACAACUUUUUCAAUCAGGUCAUUGGGAGAGUCAAUACUAUCAAUAUAAUAAAUGGCACGGACCUCAUCAAAUUGAACUAUCAUUCGAUAUUCUACUAUCGAAAGUAACAGGAUCAGGAUUAGAUGAUAUCGGUAUGUAUUCUAUCGAAGGUAUCUACUCGACACAGACUCGUCGAAUGGGUUUAAUAAAGAAAUAUCAACUUGGUACGGGAAAUCCAUUAGAAAAUUUAGGACACACUGUUACUAUUCAACUCGAAUGGAACAAAUAUAGUAAUCAAUUCGAAGGCAAAUGGUAUGUACGAACGAAGAAGUUUAAAGGAUCUGGUAAUUUUAAAAUGCAUUUCGACAAACGAAAUCAACAAGCACCAUUCUUAUCGAUAUAUGAAAAAGUGUAA